AUGACGGACAUGCUCCAAGUCUUUGGCUUCGUGGUUGGGCUCUUGGCGGGCCUAGCUGGAAUGAUCCUCAUGUGGGUUCUGCAGAGCAAGAGUGCCCACCCAGUCCCUUCGGCACCGACUCAGUCGAUGCCCUCAGCUAUGGAGUCCAAGGACCACAAGUCAGCGAGCCGCACUGCAGCACCGCCUGGACUCCCAGACCCUUUCGAGGCCCUGCUGCCAGACAUCAUGAGUGACGUGGCUGCUGACGCGACCGGAGUGAAACCUGUGCCACCGGCUCCGACUUCUAUGCCUCCGACUCCGACCGUGCCCAGCACAGCAGAUGGGACUGGGACUGGUGGUGGUGUUGCGACUGCCACCGCAAUCCCUGUGGUGACUGCGACCGCAGUCCCUGCUCCCUCGGGAGACCUCACCGCGGCAAUGGAGUCCAUGAAGGAAUGGAUGAGUGGAGAGCUGCAGGAACAGAUCCAGACCCUCUUUGAGCAGAACCUGCGAUCCCUUCAUGCGACGCCUUCGUCAACGCAGCCCACAACAAGCACACCUGACUUCGACUACCUCCAGGCGGAAGUGGACUCCCUGAAGUCGUCUAUGCAGGGCAUGAUCAAAAUCCAAGAUAAAAUAGUCGCUAAACUGGACGAACUUGGCGAUCUUGGUGGCAGGCGACACGCUUACUUGGAAACUUCGACAGAUGGCACGCAAGACCAGCUUCGGGGCAUCACCAGAGACGUCCAGGCACUGGGGGCCAAUCACAAAGAGCAUCGCCAGGCCAACAAGGACGCAGCUGCUGAAGCUGGCCGCCGUUUUAUGGAGGUCUUGAAGGAGCUGGCAACGCUCUCGAGCAAAGUCCACAAUGGCUUUGCAGGACUCAGUGGGAUCGGUCGCAGUGCGAUGGCGGCUGCCCAGGAGGCGAAAGCCGCAGCUGAGCAAGGCCUCGAGAUCGGUGAGAAGACGCUCGCGGCAGUUCGGGUGGCUGGACCGUCCCCUUCCGAGCGCGAGCUCCUGGAGGGUGUCGCAGAGAGCCAGAAAGCUCUUGAGGCCAUCAAGGACCAGCUGGGAACACUGGAUGGAGCGCUUGAAGGCAUCAAGCAGCAGUUGGCAAGCCCACUGCCACCGCCACCCCACAAUCCGCCGGCUGUGGUGACUCAGGUGGUGCCACCACCACCACAGCACACACCGAACCUGGUGCACUUGACGGGUGGCUCCGCCCCUUCGUGGAACACGCCUCCGACCGUGAUGGUGGGAAAUCCCCAGCAUCUUGUGCGCAUGCUGGCAGGGCACUCUGAUGGAUCCAACUGA